AUGACGAUCACUUCCAUCUCCUCCAUCCUGGGAUCUCUGGGAGAGAUGGGGUCCAUCUUUGGGACCAAGUGCUGUAACUUCAUCAAGAGUAACAGGACCCGGGUCAAAGUCAAGUUUAUCAGUGGAACAUUCUUUAUCCUGGCUGGUAUCCUCCAGCUCAACACUCUCUUCUUGUGUGAGGUGUACAACUCCAUGGGAUAUUGGGAAUACGUUCUGCAGCCUGCCAGAGCCAUGAUCCCCACUGCCAUCAUACUGGUGGUUCUGGGGGUCAUGGUCUCCAUGGUCGGAGCCAAGAGCACCAACUGCAUCAAAGACAAAACAUCUCAGGCCAAGUUGAUCAUUAUCGCUGCAAUACUUUUCAUCCUGGCUGGAUUUCUCAUCCUCAUCCCUGUUUCCUUGGUAGCCAGAUCAAUUAUCAGCGACUCCUCCACGCGGAUCGAAGGAAAGCCUGAGCUGGGGAACUCACUAUACCUCGGCUGGGUGGCGGCCUCCCUGCUCCUGAUUGGAGGGGUCUUACUGUGCUGUAACUGCAUCAAGAGUAACAGGAUCAGGGUCAACAUUGUUGGAACAUUCUUCAUCCUGGCUGGUAUACUGCAGAUCACCACUGUCACGCCCUGA